CGCAGUCUAAGUAAAUUCAAUUGCACUACGAUAGCCUAAGUCUAAAUUUUCACUGAGCUCCAAGUUACAUGUGGCAGCGCCGUGGGUGGACCCGGAUUCAGUGUUGGCUUCCAGUUCCCUCUAACCCGGUCCGCCGCCGCGGCGGAUAUCGAACCAACGCCCCGCAUCGCAACUCCAGCCCAGCUUUGCAAGUACGCUGCGUGCAUCGAAUAUCGACAAAAUGGCCAGUCAAGCACAGAUCAACCCUAAGAAGCAGCAGGAGCUUCAGCUCCAGUACACAAAUUACAAAAACACCCUGCAGCAGUUAGCACAAAAGAUCGGCGAUAUCGAGCAGGAAGCAGAGGAACACAAACUUGUGAUCGAGACGCUCGAACCUCUUCCCAAGGAUAGAAAAUGUUUCCGCAUGGUCAAUGGAGUUUUGGUAGAACGGACCGUCGAAGACGUUCUUCCCUCCCUCAAAACGAACUCGGACGGUCUGAAGCAGGUCCUAGACGAACUACUGAAGCAAUACAAGUCGAAGCAGUCAGAUCUUGACAAUUGGAAGAAGAAGAACAAUAUUCAAGUCGUACAGCCAUAGGAAACCAAUAAUCUGAGAGCUACCAUGGUUCAUUGAUUACCUUUCAUAUUUCCCUUGGUGCCGUCUUUGGAGGAAUUAAACAGUGAGCAGAGCAGGAGCGGCAUUAUUUGGAGCCCACAGCCAUCUUGACGGUCCCUUGACUUCGCUUUCACUGCGACAAUCCCAUGGACUGAACGAUCGUGGUUCAUGGCAGCUUCUGUUGCAAAGCUUUGCCAGUUUCGCUCGCCCAGGACAAGGACGAUGUGUGGCAGCUAAGCACAAACCAGUACUUUGUUACAGACCGGUCGGGGCCUUGAAUGCACUCAUGCCUAAUUGUUAGGUUCACCUCUGGGGAUAAUUUCAUAUCAGGCCAUGAAGCUGAAGUCUGAGGCACUGAUUUCAAGGCUUUGAUCAUACCUGGCAGCAAAUAGUGUAUAAUACAACUUCCGUGCCUAUUUCA